CUUUUCAAAUUUUUGGUGGCAAAUGAAGCUGCACACGAAUCAAAAAAAAAAAAAAAAAAUCCCAAAAGGAGAGAGACUGAGAGAGAGCGCGAGAGGACAUGAAAAGUGCCGUUAGCUGUCGCGACCGGGGCGCGUCCGUGUAUUACAGUUUCUUGUGCAUAUCGAUACAUCAUCGGCUGUUCGUCAAAUAAACAAAGCGCAAUAACAAGGAAAUGGACCACGCGACAAGUGAUUUAAAGGAAUUCAUAACAGACCUGGUGAUUCCGCACCAGCGCUGCAAUGUGAACAUUAUUCCCGACCACAUCACCAUGCUGGAGGGCACCAAGAUCAAGAAGCAGCUCUCCCGAAAACGCCGCGCCCACAAAUCCAGUACACUGAAUCGCCGGGAAUAUGCGGCACUGGGCUUGAAUACUCUUCCGACCAAGCAGAUGAAAUACGAGGAGGCACUGCCACUUCAUCAACUCUGGAAGGGCUAUGUGCGCGAGCAUCUGAGGCUACGGGAAGGUGCGCAGGUGCCUCAGGUGCACGAUGCUCGCUACGAGGAGUUCAGCCGGAAAUUGGUCAAACUGGACUUGCACGGCGCCAAACUGAAGGUGCUGCAGUCCAAGUGCUCAACGCUGGAGGGUUUAGCUGGCAUCUGUGUGAUGGACACUAAGAACGUUCUGAAGCUACUCGGCAAGGAUCAUCGACUGCGCACGAUCCCCAAGAGCGAGUGCGUCUUUGGGCUGAAAGUGGGCAACAUGGAAUUCACCAUAUUUGGGCAGCAUCUUAACAUUCGACCCGCAGAGCGAAGCGUCAAAAAGAUCAAGAGCUUUGUGCAGCCCUUCAUGUAAAAAAUUUAGUGAUCAUUAGCUUUUGAAAUGGAAUCCUACUGUAAUUUAAGAAAAAUACAAGAAGCGCUACCUUUUGAAAAGGAAAUUAUGUAUAAAUUAUAUGAUUUCCUAAAUGAAAUUAACUUAUCGGGAAGUUUCAUAACCCUUUCUUAAUAUUAAUUUAAAAAUAGCCCUCAAAGAUCCUCUAAUAUAUAGGUAUUUUUAGAUUUUGUGUUUAAUAUAUAUAUAUAAAAUCGUA